AAAAACAACAGAAAAAGUUCUUUGGUGGUUUCUUCUCAGAUCGUGUGAAGUAACAGCUACUUAUUUUUGUUUUUCAGUUAUCUAAGUGGCAGAGAACAUGGAGCCUGAGAACAUGAAAAUGUGUCUGUUGUAAUUCAUUUUGAUUCAUUACUACAGAGCCCCUAAUGAGAUAUGGUGAUUGAAAAUAUAUGAUAAAAUUAUAUUUCAAUGCUUUUGCUUAUGAGUUUGCAUUCCAUGAGAAAAUAUAGUUUUUCCUCCCACCUUAUGUCACAACAACUUUGUAAGCGAACGCAAAAGCACUGAAAUACAUUUUUUCCUCACAAGUCAUUUUCUCCCAAUUUCCUAUGUGCCUUAAAGGGAUUGUUCAACCUUAAAUGACAAUUAAGUCAUAAUUUACUCACCCUGGUGUUGUUUUUUAAUGUUGUUCUUUCUUUUUCAGACCACAAAAGGAGAAAAAAAAAAAAAAGUCCCACUCAUGCUUGUCUAUAUAAUGGCAGUGAAUAGAGACCAGCAUCAAUCUUAAAAAUAAAAAAAAAAAUUGCAAAAGUAUCACAGAAUGAUCCCAUGCAACAUAUGUUAUAUAUCUCACAUGUUCUGAGGGCAUACGAUAGGGUUUGGUAAAAACAAAUCGAAAUUGAAUGUAUUAUUUAACAACAAUGUCACACACGACAUAGACGUUUGUGAGACCCUAUUAGCACUGCAGUUCACGCACAAAAGCACAAAAGUUGCGAGAAAUCAAGAAAUACGAUGCCUAGAAAUCCGAAAAACAUAUCCGUGUACUUUCUCACUUAGUUGAACAUCUCCAGCCUGGAACUCUGGUUGUCAGAUGAAAGUCAGAAUGACAGUUGACAGAUGUGAACGUGAUAACUUCUUCACCUGGUUGCUAUUCACUGCCAUUAAAUGGACGAGAAAGAGCGGGACAUUUUUUAAAAAAAAACUCCUUUUGUGGUCCGGAAAAGAAAGAAGGGCAUACGGCAUUAGAACAACACCAGGGUGAGUAAAUGAUGACUUCAUUUUAGGGUGAACUAACGCUUUAAGGGGCUCCAUAAAUUUCUACUGGAUAUCUAUAUUGUUAAAUAUGAUUUUAUUGUUAGAGAACAACAUUACAGAUGGUGUAUAUUGUACCAAUAAAUAGUCUGUGCUUCUUGUCUGUGUUACGGGCAGUUGUGGCCUUAUGGUUAAAGAGUCGACUUGUAACCUGAUGGUCAUGGGCUCGAGUCUCAGUACUGGCAGGAAAUGUAGGUGAGGGGAGUGAAUGAACAGCACUCUCCUCCACUCUUUUUACCCACAACUGAGGUGCCCUUGAACAAGGCACCUAACCCCCAAUGGCUGCCCACUGCUCUGUGUGUGUGUGUGUGUGUGUGUUCAAUACUCACUGCUGUGUGUGUGCACUUGGAUGGGUGAAAUGCAGAGCACAAAUUCCAAGUAUGGGACACCAUACUUGGCUACAUGUCACAUAAUUUUCACUUUUCUCAAUAAACUUUAAUUUAAAGAGCUUAUUGCUCCUUGGUUGGCUGCUCAGUCAUGCUGUUCCCAAGUGGGCUAUAGUUUUUGUAACAGCAUGGGCAGGGGGUUCACAAUGUUUUUUCUCCAGUUUGGUUCAGAGUAGGGAUUCUUUUUUCAGUUUCUCUGAGGAUUCAUCAAUAUAUUCAUGUGUUCUAACAAAUCUUCAUUGGUACUGCUAACUGCUUGCUUUAAAAAAAAAUUACUAACUAAAAUUUUUUUUCCAUGUAAUUUGGAAUCAGUAACCGACAACAAUUUGUAAAUAAUCUACUCAGCACUGCUGAUGAAACAUUAAGACAAUAAACAUACGAUUGUGACAAUAUAUGGAUUAUCUGUGUUCUUCUAGACAUAUCUGGUAUUUUCAUGAAAAUAAAGUAUAUUUAAAAUGCAAUGAUAAUCGACAUAGCCUUUAUCACUGUAUAGAAUACUAUAAAAUAAUACUGGUUGCUUUCAGAGAUGGUAACAGACAUUUUAUACUUGUGCUACAAUUGUGUGGCUUGUGCUACAAAUCUUUUAACCUCUGUAGCAUCAGUCCUAUAUAUACGUGUGUGUGUGUGUGUGUGUGUGUGUGUACAGGUUUAUAUUACAUUGUGGUCCCCACAAGGAUAGUAAAACCUGAAAUCAAAAAAAUUAAUACAAAUAAAAUAAAACAAUUAAUAAACAUACUAAAUGAUGUUUUUUCUUUUCUUUUUUUUCUUUUCUUUUGAAAAUGUAAAAAUGCUGAAAGUUUUCUGUGAUGGGUAGGUUUAGGGGUAGGGUUAUUGUAGGGGGAUAGAAUAUACAGCUUGUACAGUAUAAAGUAUAAAAACCAUUACGUCUAUGGAGAGUCCCUACAAGGAUAGUGAACCAGAUGUGCGUGCGUGUGUGUGUGUGUGUGUGUACUUGUUUUCAUGAUUUAUGAGGACACAAAUUUGUAUAAUGACAUGUGUAUUACACUGGUAUUAUGACGUAAACAUGUUUUAUGAGGACAUUUCAUGAGUCCUCAUAUUUAAAAUAACUUUAAAAAACAUACAAAACAAUGUUUUAUUAAAAAUGUAAAAAUGCAGUAUGUUUUCUGUGAUGGGUAGGUUUGGAAGUAGGGGUAGUGUAGGGGGAUUGAAUGUACAGUUUGUACAGUAUAAAAACCAUUACGCCUAUGGAGUGUCCUCACUAAGAUAGCAAAACAAACCUGCGUGUGUGAGUGUGUGUUAAAAAGUAUUUAACUGGAUAAACUGAAUGAAUACAGUUCAGAUGUGUUUUAUCUGUAAUGUCCAACAGCUGCCACAUGGUGUCACCUAAUCGUUUAUGAGUGACCUACUAUGGCAAGCGGUAUUGGCAUAUAAAACUUUGGUUUGAUUUUAUUCAUGGAUAUAUAUUUUUGAUAGUUUCAAUUGUAUUUUGAUGAGUCAUAUUUAUAAUUUGACUAGUCAGAAUGAUAAUUAGAGAUAUCUGUAAUCCUACUUUUGAUGAUCCAAGAUGAUUCAAAUCAGUUAUUUUUCUAUAGAUUACAGUGUCUAUAAUUUAUCCGUGCACAUAUUUAUUUUUUUUAUUUUUUUUAUUCAUGUGCUCUUGUACUCUUUAAUUAAAAACACUAACUUCCCAACACCCAAGAGGGGUUAUGAGGGUUUAGAGGGGUGUAUGGCAGCAUCAUUAUUUUAUUUUUACACAGAUUGAUAGGUCUAUUAGCUAAAUCUGUGGACUUUAGCAAUGUUUGUUUCAUUAUAACAGUGACAGUUCAGAAAUGGCAAAAAGCACUUGUGGGUUUUUUUUUUUUUUUUUUUUUUUUUUUUUGCAUGCCUGUAACUCAAGAAGUAUUAAAUAUAUAUUAAUAUCCUUUUAGAUUCUGGUUCUUAACAAACCUUCUUUUUGGUGUCUUCAUUUUAAAAACUAAAUAAGUUAUAUAAAUUAAAUAUAUAAUAUUUAAUAUAUAACUUUUGCUGCAAGAAAAAAAGGAAUUAGGCUAAUAACCAUUUAUGAAGUAAAAUUAGCCCAUCUUUUAGUUAAUAUAAGCUGACAUUGGGUUAAAGUGUGCAACACCUUGCUGGGUUACUUUAAUUUAACAAUUUUGUCUACUCAAAACUAAAUUAUGACCGCUAGAGCCAGCAAGUAUUAAAUGCUACAACGGCUUGCCAUAUGCCUACUGCCUACGUAUUUCCGCUAAAUUUUCAGUGUCUACACUAGCUUCCGGUAUAGUAUUCACUGUUAGCAAACUGUGGUAGUAGUAGUAGUAAACUUUUUCUGGCAUAUUUCAGUUAACUCUCGAUCACAAACAAAUUUACAUCAUUACAUUAUACAUAUAUUGUUAACAUACAAUUUUAGUAUAUUAUUUGAAAAUAUAACGUUUUAUUAAUGAGUUCAAAAAGCUUUAAAUACCUUCGGCGUGAAGGUGCAUCGUCUCGAUAUUGUUGUGUCCCGUUCUGUAAAAUGUCCUCAAGGUUUAAUUCUGUGAUAAGUUUCCAUAGUUUCCCAUUGGACGAAGAAACACGGAAAAAGUGGCUUAGCAAUGUCCGGCGUGAGGAUUUUAAAGUUAGUCCUAAUACAAGAGUCUGCAGUCGUCACUUCAAGAGCGAUGAUUUGAUUGAGCCAUCGACCCCUACAUCACGCAGACUACUGAAGAAGGGUGCUGUGCCCACGUUGUUCCAAUGGAACAGCUGUUCCACCCCAGCACCAAAACUCCCCGGGUUAUGGAAGAAGAAAAAAGUUUCCACUCAUUUAAAAGAAGAUCCUGUGCCUACGGACCCGCAUCAGGAUCAUGAUUAUUGCUCAUCUCCAGUCCAGGCUGAUUUGGCUUUGGAUCAGACCGAAGAUCUCCGAAAGGAGGUGGAGUGCCUGAGGAGACAGGUGGCAGAGUUGUCUGUCCUUCAGAGAUUUUGUUUGGGGAGAUUUGCUGCAUCUGACGAUGACAUAAUGUUUUACACUAGGUUUGCGACUUACAACCACUUGAUGGCGUUCUGGAGACUGAUUGAGCCUGCAUCCCACAACAUGGUUCGUUUGACCAGAGCAAGGCAAACUACAACAAAGAGUGAAGAUGGAGCAUCAGGCAGUGCAUCUUGUCAGUCCCUGCAGCCCAUAGAUGAGUUUUUUCUCUUCAUGGUCCAUCUCUCGGUUGGUCUAACAGAGAGGGAUCUGGGCCACAGAUUCAACAUCCAUCAGUCCAACGUGAGUCAAAUAAUUACAACAUGGGCCAAUUUCCUGUACACCAUUCUUGGAUCUGUGCGCAUCUGGAUGUCUGAGGAGGCGGUCAAGGCUCAAAUGCCAAAGGAAUUCCAGGACUACCCAGACACACAAGUAGUGAUUGACUGCACCGAGCUGCGUUGCCAAACACCAUCCUCUCUCAUGCUUGAUGGUGAAGGGUCCCAUUGCACCUUCAAGGGGUUAAUUGGCAUGGCACCUCAUGGUGCAGUCACUUUUGUGUCAUCCUUGUGUGGAGGAUCUGUCAGUGACAAGGAACUUCUGAAGCAGUCUGGGAUUGUGUCGCUACUGAAACCUGGAAUGGCCAUUAUGGUCAACAAAUGUUUUCUUGUAGAUGACUGUGUACCAUGCAAAGUUUACAGACCUGCUUACCUGAUAAAGCAGGAAGAGUUGCCAGCUAAUGAGGUGAGGGAGACUCAAUCCAUUGCUCGGCUGAGGGUUUACAUUGAGCGCCUCAUCUGCAGGGUGAAGCAACACAAGCUGUUUGAUACAAUCAUCCCUCACUCCAUCACCGGGACCAUCAACCAGCUAUACACUGUCGCUUGCCUCCUUAUAAACUACCAGAAUGGCCCUUUGUUACAAGCAUGGGCAAAGGAUUAAAGUUGCUGUUGGGGGAUACAUCAAAGGACUAAUGUAACUAUGUAGAUAAAUGUAAACAUGUAAAUAUGAAUAACUCGGAUACAAUGUUUCUGUAAGCAUGUAAAUAUAAAUAAUUUUCAUAGUGUUUCUGUAAACAUGCAAAUAACUGCAGUUGCAUACAGAAAAAAUACAAUGUAAUCAUGUAAAUAUAGGUGCAGGAAAAGCUUUAUGAAGUUAUUUAUGUUUACAUGAACACUAUCAAUGCAGAUCAAUGUAAACAUGUAAAUAUAAAUAAUUUUCAUAGUGUUUCUGUAAACAUACAAAUAACUUAAAUGUCUUUCCUGUACAUCACUGUAAUGGAAAUAUGUAAAUAUAAAUAAAUUUAUAAAACUUUUCCUAUACACCACUGUAAUAUAAACAUGUAACACUUAAAAGGAUACUUGACCCAAAAAAUGAAAAUUCCAAACCUGUAUUAAUUUCUUUCUUCUGCUGAACACAAAAGAAGAUAUUUUGUAGAAUAUGGGUAACCAGUCGAUGGGAACAUUGACUUGUAUAGUUUUUUUUUUUUUUUCCAUACUAUGGAAGUCAAUGGGACUCAUCAACUUUUUGGUUACCCAUAUUCUACAAAAUAUCUUCUUUUGUGUUCAGCAGAAAACAGAAAUUCAUACAGUUUUGGAACAACUUGAGAGUGAGUAAAUGAUGACAGAAUUUUCAUUUUUGGGUGAACUAUCCCUUUAACUUUGGUGCAUUGUUUCUGUAAGCGCGUAAAUAUAAAUAACUGUUUCUAUAAACAUAAAUAACUUUAUAAAGCUUCUCUUGUACACCACUUUAAUGUAAAGUUACUGUAAUUUUAAGGCCUAACUGAUUGCUCGGCCUCUGCUCUGGUCUAUUAUUUACCUGGCCAGAUCAUGUGAUGAUUUAUUUGGCUACCUUGGAGACAAUGAGUCUCAGUUUCUGUUGUGGCCCCCUAUCUAUUAUUUAGCUUUAAGCAGGUGCGUCUCCUACGGCACAGGGGAAAAAGUAAUUUCCUGAGUGUGACAAACAGGUAAUUAUUGAUGAUGAUACCUGAUGCCAAAGCUCUCCUUGUCCCAUAGUCCUUCUGGACAAGACAUUUAAAGCUUGUAAACCAUUUUGCAGGUUCAUAUUGAAACUGUUAUUUAAAAAAAAAAACAUUUAAUUAACUUUAAUGUAGGACUUUUCAAUUUCCAUGAAUACAAGAUGGUUUCAUCAAACCGAAAAUGUUUUUGUUUUGUCUGUUUUAAUGAUGGUCUGUGAACAGAGUGAAAUGACAGUAAAGACUCUCAGCCAGGUGGUCACAAGAGACUCACUGCAGAGGCUCUGAGACAUCAAGGAGAUCAUGGAGCCUUUGAUAUCUGAUGCGUUUAAAUCUAACUGACAGCAAUCCAGCUAAAUAAGAGUCUGUUCAGGAGACUGUGCCUACAAGUGUGUAACAACAAAAAAGGCCAAAGGCCAGUUAUUAUAUAUAAAAGGCCCUAGAUCCUUCAUCAUCAUAGGUGUACUUUGGCCAGUAUCGGUAAUACUGAAACCUUUAUCCAUUUCAUUUACAUAAGCAUAAAUAUAUUUUGCCACAAUCUUUUUGUAUUUUGUGGAAACACAGUAAUCGAAUCCCUAAUCAGGCAUAAUGGAUCUCUGCUACCACUGCAACCUUAAAUAUUCAUGCAACCAGUUAUAUUAACUUUCAGUCUACUGUUGUGUCUACAGUCUACCACCUGCUAUUUAGACUUAUUAAAAACUGGACAAGAAUGAUCACGUGUAUUCUAUUAUGUUAAUUUAAUUGGUAUAUAUAAUUAAAAACAUAAUUUAUCUAUUUCAUCAAGUAAGUUACUAUUACAAUGACAAAAUAACACAAUCCAUUUAUUGAAUAAAAGAAAACUUGUUUAAUAAGUGAUUAGUCCAUUCUUCAAACACGCAGAAUAAUACUAGGAUGCACGACACGCAAUUUCUCCCUCCUCAAACUGGUUGACCAAUCACCGAGCUCAUCGCUGAGGCUUCGCUCAACGCACUCCGCCAUUUUGUAGCGCUUUAAGAAAACUCAGCCAAGCAACAAAGUUGCGGAUCAGAGCUGCUGUUCUUCGGUGUGC